AAUGGAGCCGGAGGAUUCGGCGACGCAUACGUUGGACGAGUCUGGCCAUGUGCGCACAAUUUCGAACGUAAAAUCUCCCGCAUCGCCAGGUUCUUUCUCGCCGCGCCGCGCAUUCCGGUCCGCCGUUUGUCGCCGUUUUUAUUUCUCGAUCGCGAAAUCGCUGUUCCGCGCAUCGUUAAUCCGUGCGAUUUAAUCGAGACAUAUCGAGUCUUGCUGUUACAAGUUUCGACGACGAUGAUAUCGUCGACUUUCAGCAGUAAUCCUCCUCUUUCCGAUUAAACAGGUGGAUUCCCGAUUUUCGAGGCUACUCUCCAAUUUGUGGCGUAUAUAGAUAAAUGGACAAUUGUAAUCCAACUGCCAGAUAUAUACGAGUCGAGGGGAAAUAUUAGAGGGGCUCGACCGAGGGACUCGAAUGCCCCGAAAUAUUUGAGAGAUUGUUUUGUAAUUCGAUAAAAAAUGACAAGUCGCGCAAGGGACACGUUCGCCGCCACUUGUAUUUGCGCGUUAUGCCCAGUGCCCGGAGAAAAUGUUAGGUUAAGACAGUGAGGGAAAUGCGAGUUUAUAGAUGUCAGAAACUGGAGAGGAACGUGCUGUUAGAUUGUAUACGACUGUGGAGAUAAUGAAGAACGCCAGAGCUAAGGAAACCGAGGAGCAAGCGGCACUGAGGAGAAUGCAAGAGGCUCAGCGAAUGGCUAGGCAUCGUGCCAAAAAAAAGCGUUGUCUGGACGAGAAUCUUGCGAGGGAGAUUUCCAAAAUUGCGGAACUGUCCAAGAUGCCUCCUCCGGAUCCCGCGACGAUAGCCCAAAUGUCCGAGAUGAAUAUGAAUAAAAUAUCCGCGGAAUUGAAGCAAAUGAUGGAAAGGGGAAAAGUACCUGAGCAUAUAGUUCAAAUGGCUCAACUGGCAGAGUUUAGCAAAAUGAAUUCCGAAUUAAAUAAGAUGUCGCAGGAUAUGGCGAAGAGAUACGAAAUGGAAAAGAUGGCGGAAUACGCCAAGACUACGGAAUACAUGAAGAUGCAGGAGAUCGCCAAGAUGAGCGAGAUGGUGAAACUUUCCGAGAUGGCCAAGUACAAUGACAUUAACAAAAUCAACGAAAUGGCCAAGAUGAACGAGAUGAUGAAAAUGUCGCAAAUGGCCAAGAUCAACGAGGUGCAGCGAAUGAACGAAUUGGCAAAGUUAAACGAAAUGGUAAAGAUGACGGAAAUGGCCAAAUACACGAAUAACGACAUAACGAAGUUGAACGAGAUCGCUCAAAUCAGCGAGAUGGCGAAGGAGAUUGCAAAAAUGAACGAAAAGACAAAGAUGAACGAGAUGAUGAAGAUGCAGACGAAUAUGCAGAACGAUAUCGCCAAGAUAUCGCCCGAGUACUCGAAGAUGGCGAGCGAGAUGGCGAAGCUAACGGAGCUGGCCAAACUGAACGAGAUAACCAUCACGAAGCUGAACGAUCCGCCGACGUUGCCCAAGCUGUCGGAGAUUCAACCGCCGCCGCCGCCGCCACCUCCGCCACGUAUCCCCGAACCUGUGAUCACCGUGCCAAAUCCCAGAAAUCUGCAGAAUGUGCAAACUGUGCAAGUGGCGCAGGCCAGCCCGUCCAGCAUGAUCAAUUUUCCGACCGUGCCUGGUCAAAAUAAUUACGGUAAAUUGUUGAUGAUUAUCGAGGAGCUCGGCAGGGACAUUCGUCUCUCGUACGCGGGCAGCCGCAGCGCCGCCGAGAGAUUGAAGAACGGCAUUCAGCAGGCUAGAGUCGCCGUGCGGGAUUGCUUGCUGGAGACGCAGCACAACGCGCAACAAUGAUUUGUCGCCGAGUUGGCCAGCGACUAGAGUACUUUUAGCCUUUUAUUAUUUCACGAGAUGUUGCUUUGUACGAAUAGAUUAGAUUUCGACUCUGGAUUUGUGCGUCGAAGCGUAUCUAUAUACGCAUAUAGAUGGAGCAUCCUGUUUAUUGGAUAAAGAAUCGCUACUUUCUUCGCUCCAUCUUGCAAUGUGGCUCUAAGGUGGAGCGCCUCCGCUCCGUGCUCGAUCCAUAUACGUAUUUUAUGGAAACUGUGCGUGGCUGAGAACUUUCUCUCUACUUUUAAGUUGCAAUUUAAUACAUAGAAAGUACUUUAAAUAAA